CUGCGAUGCUGGCUUGACGCCCGUGAGAUAGUCAACAUUUGAGGCAACUUCUGCUCCGUCGACCAUUCCGCAACCUACAAGCUCUUCUCGGAUUACCCUCAAAGAGCACGCGUACCUCAUCUUCCUCCGUCGUCCUGCGGUGAUUAACCUUGCUCUAUUCCGAAUCACUCUCCGAAUCACAUUCCCGUGCCUUACGCAAGAGUACGUUCGUCGUCCACUGUCAUAAACCCUCAGUACUCACAGCUGCAACCCCUCCGUCAUCGUCGCGCAUUCGGCCUCUUUUGACACUCCACCAUCGACCAUCCGUUGCUCCUCUCAAUUAUGAUCGACGCUGCGAUAUGUACUACUCCCUCGUCGCCAUCUCACCGACCGCCUGCUCUUUCCGCAAAGCACGACUGUUCAUUCCGCAAUGCACUGCGAUUCUUUUCGGAUUACCCUCAACUCUCAUCUCUUCCUGACACGCGCAUCUGCGCUUGUAACCUGCAUCGGCGUCUAAUACGUGCCCCUGCGUCGAGUGCCCUGCGGCCCGUAUCCUCGACGCCCGAACAGACCGGAAAUAUUGUCGUCGCCCCGGGUUGCGUACUUCACCCUCAACAUCCUCCUCGCCGCAGCCAGGAAUCAUCUGCUAUCAAGCUGUUGAGUCCAUCUAUCCAACGUCUUCACCUUGAACUCUUUUGCGGCCAGCUACUACUGUACCUGCCGGUUUUUUUAAUGCCUCUGCACCUAUUGGCAUCUAUCCGGUCUGACUCUUCUAAUUCGAAUGCGAACUCUACAGGACGCCGCCGCACAUUGCUUUCUCACUUCCUUUCUCCUGCGCCACCGCACCUUUCUCAAUUGUCGAAGCACCCGAUAAUUCACUGUCAAUUCAGGCGAACAUCGAGUCCCUUUUCUUUCCGUAUCUUCAUAACACAAACGUGUACUCACCAGACGUUCUGGCAAUCGUCUGGGCUCUCCUUCUCCGCUCUUGCGCCUAGGAAAUCGUUAGCGCACCCAGCAUCCAUUGCAACGUUCGUGCUACGCGUUUAUCGUGUCCUUCCGCGUCGUCCAUGCCCCGGCAUUCGUCUUCCGCUCCUGUUUGGCUGAGUAUCCGUCUUCCGCCCUUACUUGGCUAGGUCUUCGUCCUCAUCCCCUGCUUGGCUAUGUAUUCGUCUUCGUAC